AUGGGCGAUACCCUCCUGCGCCUCGCCCCCGGCCUCUCUCAACCAGCCGGUCCUGACAGACACGCUGAGACGGCCCUCCCCGCCCGCCUUGCAUACUCCCAUCACCGUCUUUCAGCUACCGACUACACGCCCCCCACCUCUCCACCGCCACACCCGACGUAUGCUGCCAGCAACAGCUUCGGGUCCCUUCGCUCGAAGCACCCGACACAGCUCCAAAUGGAUACCGUAGCCGCCCAGCCCUACGAGCGUAACGCCUACAGCCCCACCCCCGUCGAGAGCCCAACCCUCCCUUCCCCCAAGUAUGCCCACCGCCAGCGAGCCCCUUCCCUCCUCCGCCAUGCCGCUGUGCCUUCCCCCGCCCAUGGGCCCCCGUCCCACUCGAGCUCACGGCCAAUGUCCCCGACUAUAGCCCCAGCAAUGGCUCGCCAGGACAGCGGCCCCCGCUCGCCUGACCUUCGCACCAUCUUCAACCCUCUAGCUAGCAAUCCUGUCCAUUCCAACGGUCCAACGUGGAAUUCGUCCAAUGAGGAACUGUCAGCCUCGCCAGCCUCGCCAUUCAGGCCCCGCGGAAUGACCAGUUCCCAACAAACCUUCCAGCCCCCACUGCGGUCCGCAACCUCGAUCCCCGACUACGCACAGUACCGUGGCAAUGAGCGAGCCAAUCUUUCCGGCACAUACAAGCCGAAUCGAGGCGUGCCCAACUGGUCUCACAACGACUAUUACCCUCCUCCGAACCGACCGUUUCGAGGCGAGGAGCCACGGGCCAGCUUUAGGUCCGGGUGGACGAACGCGUCCUCGAGCAUAAUGGAGACCAGCGGCACGGAGCGGAGUAGCAUCGUCACCACUCGCAGCUCGGUUGCCAGCGACAGGCACAGCGGCGUCUACUCCAGAGACCAGUCGAGAGACCGUCUGCCUGACCGAGACGACUCGCCCGAGACGGUCAUGACGUCGGACAUUGCCGAGGAACAAGAGCAGCUCGAUGCGGUGAGCGACGUGCUCGAUUCGUACUUUUACGACGAAGACGAUGAGGAGCGCAGUCCCAUCGUCGAGCCGGGCGAUGAUCAUUUCCGAGGCCCUUCUCCCGCCGGCCUCGACUCCGAACCUCCAGAGCUGUCGCAAACACCAUCCCGCGACUUCGAUUCCCUCGACUCCUUCCAGUCCACCGACAGCCUCAAGCGAUGGGACGAACCGUCGCACGCGCGCGCCGACGACUCGACAGAGAGCAACAUGCGACAAAAGAAGCUGUUGACCAUCCGGACCACAUCUGGAUCAGACUCGGACACCGACGUGCACAACGCGCAAGCAACAGAACAAAAGCCGCUGCAAGUGGAACGUAUCCCCAAGGCUCAGAUCAGCCCUUUACCGGUCCCAUAUACCCCAAGGACCAUCCAGGCAGUGGUGCAGCUCCCUAAGAAGCGGCAGUCGGUCACGAUGAAACGCGCCAGUGCCGAGAUGCCUCGCCGAGUUUCUGUCACGUUACAAGCCUUGUCACUUCGAACCACCGAAACCUCUGACCACGCAGGUCCUAGAAACUCCAAAAACCACAAUCACUCGAGAAGCUUCAACUCGAGUCGUUCGCAGCUCGAUCACAUCCGUCGCGAAAUAUCGGGACUGCCCCAGUUGCCCACCAGCAGGGCUCGGCUGUCGCGUCAGGAUUGGGCAAACAUCGAAGCCUACUCCAAGCGACACAGCAAAAGACCCAGUCGCUCGCGCACCUUUUCGCACGACUCCCAGGCCAGCAUCACCAGCCCAAAAUCCCCUCCUGUCCAGAGAUCACAGCCUCUCCCUGAGCUUGACGAGGAUGAGGGCAUACCGCGUCGCGCGUCUACCAGUGUAUUUGACCGAAAAAGCGGCCUAUUUGAUCUUGGCAAAAUGACUCAACUCGCUCCUACCAAGAAUAAGCCUGAAACACAGCCAAACUCUGAUGUGUCUUCUGGCCUCCCCAUACCCGUAGUUAUGCCCGGCUUACGCAAGACCGUCACGCCUGUGGAAAGGGAUCGCUACGGGUUCAAAAAGGCCUCGGAGAAGAUUAGCGUUCAAGAAUACAAUGCGUGGGCAGCAAGAUACGAAGAGCAUAUUGCGCGUCGACGCGGCAAAUGGAUCGCCUUGAUGAACAGGCAAGGCCUGCCCACGACUGACCCGACGAGAUUCCCCGACAUGUGCGAAAAGGUGAAGAGAUAUGCACGCAAAGGUUAUCCUCCCGAGUGGCGAGGCGCAAUGUGGUGGUUUUAUUCUGGUGGUCAGCACAUGAUCACCCAGAAGGAGAACGUCGGCCUCUACCAGUCGCUCGCAGCUCGUGUGCGCAGGGACGAGCUUAACAAGGACGACAAAGAUGCCAUCGAACGCGACCUUGACCGGACCUUCCCUGACAAUAUCCACUUCCGCCCAGAGCCGGCGACUGAUCUGCUGGACGGGGAUUCGGAUGACGAGCCCGUGCUCAUUCGGGAUCUCCGCGAGGUCUUGUCGUGCUUUGCUUUGCACAACCCCCACAUUGGAUAUUGCCAAUCACUCAACUUUAUCGCCGGCCUCCUGUUGCUCUUCCUCAAGCAGGACAAGGAAAAGGUUUUUAUCCUCCUGACGAUCAUUACCCAAAACCAUCUCCCCGGCGCACACGCUCGCAGUCUUGCGAAUACCGAGGUCAACGUUCUCAUGAUGCUGAUCAAGGAUUACCUUCCAAAGGUCUGGCUUUCCAUCAACGAUACCGAUCUCAUCAACACGGGCGCCGGCUCUUACGCUCACCCCAAUUCCAAGUUUCAACGUCAGCCCACGGUGGCUCUUUCAUGCACAUCGUGGUUCAUGAGUAUUUUUGUGGGCGUACUCCCAAUUGAAACGGUUCUCCGCGUCUGGGACGCCUUUCUGUAUGAGGGGCCACGCGCCCUGUAUCGCUAUGCCCUCGCCAUCUUCAAGCUCGGUGAGCCGGAGAUUCGAAAGUACCGUCCUGGCGAUGGAGAAAUCUUCAUGGCAGUUCAGACACUCCCCCGGCGUUGUCUGGACCCCAACAUUUUGCACGAUCUGGCGUUUGUGAAGAAAGGUUUUGGUAAUCUAUCACAGCAAGUGAUUGAUCAAAAACGCAUGUUUUGGCGUGAACAGACCCUCAUUGCUCAUCAGAAUUCUGUAAAGAACAGCAACGGCCGCAGACAGCUCCCAGCCCAAGUUGAGGACGACGACGAUGGCGACAGGGAUAGCCUCCGGAAGGCCAUGGGCAUGAACGGCCUACGCCGUCGCGCAUCCCGCAAGUUUCGCAAAAUGGGUAUGAAGUAGAAGCAAGGACUUUUGCUCAUUUCCUACGACCACUUCGCCUUGUGGCCAGACCAUGGGUAGGAAUUCUCGACUUAUAGGCAUAUUUGCAGCGUUUUUUGGUGUUUCUUGUUUUUUUUUAACCUUUUGCUUCGACUUUUGGCGUACAAAAGGACCUUUACUUACGGUGGGCGGGGGGACGGGGCGGGGCGGGGCAACGAACGGGAAACCCUGGAGCAUGC